AUGGCGUCUCCUCCGAAGCCCUGGGAGCGUGCGGGCGCUACUACCGCCACUUCUGCCUCGUCGCUGACUUCUUCUGCCGCGACCUCUCCCAGCCUGACCGCUGCAUCGACUUCGACCGUCGCGACGACUGCUGCGACGACUACCGACUCCACCUCCACACCCGCGAUUCCUGCUCGCCCAGCCACUCUGACCGCUGCCGUUAAUCAGAACGCUUCCACCUACAGCAGGCCCUACGGAAGCACGCCGUACAGCACCUACAGCUCAUACAGCUCGUACACUUCGCCCUACUCGUCUCCCUACAACCGCUUUGGCUACGGCGGCUACGGCUCUUACGGCGGCAUGUACGGCGGCUACGGUGGUUACGGCGGCAUGUAUGGCGGCAUGCCUCCGUACGGAAUGGCCGAUCCCAACAAUCCGAACAGCCUUACCCAGCGUUUCAGCAUGAGCACCCAGGCCACCUUCCAGAUGUUGGAGGGCAUCGUCCAUGCCUUUGGCGGUUUCGCCCAGAUGCUGGAGAGCACCUACAUGGCGACUCACUCGAGCUUCUUUGCUAUGAUUUCUGUCGCUGAGCAGUUUGGCAACCUUCGCGACACCCUUGGCUCUGUUCUCGGCAUCUUUACCAUCAUGCGCUGGAUUCGCACUCUCAUUGCGAAGCUCACCGGCCGCCCUCUUCCCGCCGAUGCCAAGUCCCUCACUCCUGCUGCUUUCGCGCGCUUCGAGGGUCGCCAGAACCCGCUCGGCGAGGCCGGCGCUCCUCCCAAGCCCAGCCGCAAGCCUCUUCUCUUCUUCCUGCUUGCUGCGUUUGGCUUGCCCUAUGUUAUGAGCAAGAUCGUGCGCUCGAUGGCCCACAAUGCCGAAGAGGAAGAGCGUCGCCGCCAGCUUCUGGCUGCUCAGGCCGCUCUCGACCCGUCUAAGCUCGAGUUCUGCCGCGUUCUUUACGACUUCUCGCCCGCCGCCCAAGGCCAGGCCAGCAUGGUCGAGGGCGUCGACCUCGAGGUGCGCAAGGGCGAUCUCGUCGCCGUUCUGAGCAAGAGCGACCCGCUUGGCAACCCAUCCGAGUGGUGGCGUUGCCGUGCCCGCGACGGCCGUAUCGGCUACCUGCCGUCCACCUUCCUUGAGGUUAUGCGCCGUCCUGGCCAGCCCCUCGCCGCUAUUAAGGAUGCCCCGUCCUCCACCGCCAGCGAGUCCAGCCGUGCCAACUCCAUGACGAGCUCCGUUGCCAUGCCCGGCGCCUUCACUCCGGCUAAUGCUGACAAGCCGGUUCCUCCUCCGCUACCGUCUACGAAGGUUGGCGACGUGACGGUUGAGAGCUUCCAGAAGUCUCAGUUCUACUCUUGA